GACAUUCCGUUCCGCAGAGUUCAAUCACCAGAAUGCUCUCUUUGAUUUCCAAAACAUUCCUCAGUUUCUCACACAGCCUCUAGAAAUCCCAAUUUUGUACCUAGCUGACAAGUUCUACGUCUCGGUCGAUCACUCAAAUCGUGAUCCGGAAGGAAUGAGCACGCGAAUCGGCGAACCUGUCCUCGUCUCUUCACGACCGUCAAGCAAGGCAAGUAGGUCUCAGAGACCAAUGUCGAUCUAUUGAGACUAAGGAGGCACUGACACCCAACACCCAACACCCAAUCCCGGAACAAAAAGUCCGUCUCGAAGUCCCAAUCCCUGAACGAGUCCGACCGUAUUUUUAACUAGACAAUGUCCAGAAUUGCAGGCACAAGACUGCCGGCCAUCUCCAAGCUCAGCUCAAGAAACCGCAGGCAAUAUCGACCUGGAGGUAGCAAUUUGCAUUGACAGGAUGCCAAGAGUAAUUACAAGUGCAAAUCGGUCAGUGAAUCAGCAAUGAGCACUCGGCCAAUGCAACAGGAAGGUUGAACUGCCGCCUGCAUGUGUACUAACUCGAUGUGGUUUGAAGAGUAAAUCGUCAUGAGAGGCAUCGAUCUAAACAGCUCCCUAAUAAUGUUCUUGUUGUCCUCUAAAAGACAUGGAAAUUCAAUGUGGACGGAUCCACAGCGACGGCGGCAUGCUAAUCGAUCGGAGUAGCAUUUGUCAUUAAGGUCGUGUGAGUGGACGUAGCGGCCAAGGUUUGUGCCAUAAUCUUCUGUCAAAUGUCGGACGCCGGAAGAUAAUGUGCGAGUCGUGUGAUCAUGUCCAGCUAGAACCCUACAUUUUGGCAGCUCCGCAUUGACGACGUGCAGGAGUACAAGAAAACCACAAAUUCUACCACGACGAAGUUAUGCACGGCACCCUGACUACUGCAAUUGAGUCUCCCAACUCAGAGUGGGAUUCUGUGGAUUCGAUGAGCUCAUCGCUUGCUUCCGACCUCAUCAAUCAAGCCCGAGGACUUGGCUUGACUCGACGGUCAAGAGUGAGGGCCAAUCUGAGCCAGUUGACCUUUUCUGGGGUGGUGACGGAAAGGCAGGGAGCCAAGCAAGAUAUUUCGACCUCGCCAUCGUCCUUCGCUCCCCAAUCAGAAGGCAACUAAGCAGCAUACGAGGCUGUCAAUUUGGUCUGUGUGUUGUAGAGGAUUGUAAUAGAGUAUUAUGCCCGCAUCAAAAGUCCUGAUCCAUCAUGUCGGACCGCGUUGCAUUGAAAAACAUACUGACAUACCGCCGCAGCUCAACGCACGAGCAUCCGCUGAUGCGGUCAGCACAUGUCAAGAAUCCCUGUGACGUCAAGCGCUUCAGGGACUGCAUUGGGAUGGAUUCGGACACGCGGCUGACGUUUGACCUCGUUGGCCACUUCCAACGCCCAACGCCCAAAAAUUUCUACAUGUCUCCCUCUUCCCUGUCACAAGUCACAAAUCAACC